AUGGCACACAAGCGAAGACGGAAUGUGAUUCGAGUAUUUGAGGUCGUCGUGCAAUAUCGUGUUGGCAUGGGAUACAUCGGGACCUUCGUGGAUGUAAUUGCCAGGUUCCCGGUAUCCAGAUCCUUGGCCCAGAGCAAAUACAACAUAUCGCCCAGAGCCAAUGUCAUUCAACAGACCAAGGCUAGACCCAUCGAGCCAUUCAAGUAUCGCCUGCCCAGAUAUUUUGGCCGUGGGUACUGGGGCUUUCCGGGAUGUGGUAAAGCAUUGAAAUCCCUGUACGGGCCAAUACAAGCAUUCUGCAAGGGAGAUCAGGGAACUUCCUUGGUAUCCACUAGCUCGGUUGCAAAAAGAGUCGAGCUCUGGGCUUGCCAAUUAGGCUCAUGA